AAUUUUCCACUGCCACUGACAAGCUUAGGAUAUCGGCCAUUGAGGUGCUGAAAGCUGCUAAAUCUUGCUGCUGCUGGCACCAACUGUCGCAGCCAUGUCUAAAUCAUGGAAAGCGACGCUGAAGCUGCCAAAAUCUAGCUUCCCUGCCCGGCCGAACCCGAAGUUGCAAAAGCAGUAUUUGAAUGAAUGCACGGAAAACCUAUACAACUGGCAAACGAAACACCGAGCGAACGAAGAACCCUUCAUCUUGCACGAUGGCCCUCCCUACGCCAAUGGACCGCUCCAUACCGGCCAUGCCAUCAACAAGAUUCUUAAAGACAUGGUGCUACGAGUUCAGGUACAAAAUGGACGCAGAGUCAUGUACAGACCUGGAUGGGACUGCCACGGUCUGCCUAUCGAGAUGAAGGCUCUGGGAAGCGCAGGUACAAAAGGGCUUGGACCGGUCGAGAUUCGCAAACAUGCCCGGCGGCUUGCCACCAAGACCGUUGCCGAUCAGAUGAAGGAAUUCCGAUCCUUCGCUAUAAUGUCAGAAUGGGGCAAUAAAUGGACGACAAUGGAUCGAGAGUUCGAAACGAGGCAGUUGCGCGUCUUCCAGAAGAUGGUCCGUCGUGGUCUCAUCUAUCGCAAACAUAAACCCGUGUACUGGUCGCCUUCUUCACGUACCGCUCUUGCAGAGGCUGAGCUCGAGUAUCGAGACGAUCAUGUAUCGACAACAGCCUAUGUUCGAUUUCCUAUCACGAGCGAUAUAACGGGUAUCGACGGCCUCAAGUCAGUUCAGGGCAAGCUGUACGCUGCCAUUUGGACAACCACUCCCUGGACGCUGCCAGCCAAUCGAGCCAUUGCCGUACACGAUGAUAUAAUGUACAGCGUGCUACAAGUGGACGGGUAUAACGUUUUAGUUGCUUCUAGCCGUGUGGAGGAAUUGCUUAAAUAUCUCCCUUCCAGCAAAGUUGUUGCUGAGAAUAUCCCAGGUCAACAACUUGUCGGCCUCAAGUACCAGAAUAAGCUCCGAGGACAGAAUGCACCAGUACAGGAAAUCAUCCAUGCUGAUUUCGUCACCGCGGAUUCGGGUACUGGCUUGGUCCAUCUUGCCCCAGGUCAUGGCCAGGACGAUUACGAAGUGUGUGCGAAGAUGGGCAUUGACGCAUUUGCACCCAUCACGGAUAAUGGACAUUUCACCAAUGAGGCGCUACCAGAUGACUCUGAAAAGUUGGUAAAUGCACCUUCAAUUCUUGACGGUGGCAGCCAAGCAGUUCUGGAUAUCGUCGGAGAGGACGUCAUCGGGGUAUUCAAACUGACACACAAGUAUCCUUAUGAUUGGAGAACUAAACAGCCAGUUGUCAUACGUGCUACGGCCCAAUGGUUUGCAGAUGUUGCCAGCAUCAAGGACGAUGCGCUUAACUCGCUGAAAGCAGUCAAGUUCAUCCCGGAGUCAGGUCGAGUUCGCUUAGAGAGCUUCGUCAAGGGCCGCUCAGAAUGGUGCAUUUCGCGUCAACGGUCGUGGGGUGUGCCAAUUCCUGUGCUCUUCGACUCUAAAGGCGAAGCUAUAAUGACAGACGAGUCGAUUGAUCACAUCAUAUCAGUCAUGCAGGAGAGAACCUCUGAUGCUUGGUUCUCAGACCCUCCAAACGACCCGGCCUGGGUAGCGCCCUCGCUACAGGGAGAGUUCCGCCGAGGUACAGAUACCAUGGAUGUCUGGUUUGACAGUGGCAGCAGUUGGACCGAGAUCCAGAAACCGGUUGAUGUGUACUUAGAGGGCUCCGAUCAGCACCGUGGAUGGUUCCAGUCCAGUUUAUUGUCAUACAUUGCUGCACAAAGAGCCGAUGGCAAACUAGGGGGCGAGAUAUUUGCUCCCUUUCGAACUCUCAUGACCCACGGAUUCACCUUGGAUACAGACGGCAAAAAAAUGUCUAAAUCACUGGGAAACACUAUUUCGCCUCAGGAAGUCAUUGAUGGAAAGCUGCUACCAAAUCUGAAGCGCAAGGGCAAGGAUACUGGACAACCGGAUGCCCUUGGACCAGAUGCUCUAAGAUUAUGGGCUGGUAGCUGUGAUGCCACAUCGGAUAUUCUGAUUGGAUCUACUGUGCUCCAGCCCAUCCAUAACGGCCUCAUUCGCUAUCGUACAAUCCUUAAAAUGCUGUUGGGCUCUUUGCACGAGUCCAGCCGAACUGCGCCUCUGACAAAUUUGGACCAACUUGCUCUUGUUCAGCUUUCCGACGUUAUGAAGUCAGUGUGGGAGGCUUACAACAACUACGAAUUUCACAAAGGCGUUGGGCAUAUUAACCGCUGGGUCUCGACAGAGCUGUCGGCAUUCUAUCUCGAGGCACUGAAAGACCGCCUCUACUGCGGCGACGGUGGCGGCGCUCUAGAGCCCAUCAUGAUAGGGAUGCUCCGAAUGUUGGCGCCAGUGACGCCAAUGCUUGUUGAGGAGGCAUGGGCGAACCGCCCUGAGUGGCUUCAAAAGGAUACAGGCUUGCUAAGCCCAGCUCGCCAUCAAUUCGAUUCGCCUUUAGUCGACCCCAGCCGGCUCACACUUGAUGCCUCUGAGAUAAGACGGGAUAUCCCUGUUUUGAAUGCGAUCCACACAGCUAUCAAGGCAGGCUUGGAACAGGCCAGAGAAGCCAAAUCUGUUGGUAGUUCACUACAAUGCUCAGUUGUCAUUGCUUCGUCUGAUAGUCGGAUCUUGGAGUGCGCCAAGAGAUACAUUGACGAGAUGGAAGCCAUGUUUGUUGUCUCGUCAGUGAAGCUCAAUGAUGCACUCCCCGAAACCCCAGAUUGGCAAUACCACAGUGAGCUGAACUUUGGUGGUGCCGUUGGUACAGUUCACGUACUGCCUCCUACACAACACAAAUGCUCACGAUGCUGGAGAUUCAUGGCAGAAGAGGAGGAUGGGCUCUGCAGCCGCUGUGAAGAUGUUACAUCGGCACUCCCAGCCGUGGAAGCAUGCGGAGACAAGGAACAGUAAAAAUGUAUUAAUUUGUGUAUUAUUACCGUGUAUAUUAAGUUAGAUGAUGGGGAGUGGGCGGUCGAUCAUUCAUCUCGUUGGACAAUCGCACCACAGCAAAGAACUCCUGUACAAUCUCCAAAUAAUUAAGAAUUCCCAAAUUUUCAACUUUAUUCUCCG